AUGGACUUGGACGCCCUGCACGAGGAGGUUCUGGUUGCGCUGGAUGAGCGCCGCCACCGCGAAUACGUUUGUACUUUGCGCCAGUCCCAGCGAGAGCUGCAGAUAGCGAACGACACCAUCGCUACGCUGCGGCAGCGCAUUGCGGAUUUAGAGGCCGCGAACGCUGAUCACCGCCACAAUCCUGAGGACGAGCGUCAUGGUCGCCAGCAAGUGCCUGCGGGUCAGGGUGGUGCGACGGGUAUACGCGACGAGGUUGCUGUCAAGGAUGAAGCUCGCGACUAUGGGCAACACCACGGCGAGCGUGAUAGGAUGGAUGAAGACGUCAAGCCUCUAACGGCUGUGAAUACGCGUGCCAUACAGCGCGAGGCUGCCGAACGCGUCGUCAAGAAUGACCCUGACCGUAAACCCAACAUAGGUGUUGAUGAUAUGGGCGUCGUGGAUCUGUCACUUGGCGACGAUGAGGACACCCCGAUGCAUACUCCACCGAGCGCGCCUUCCGAUCAAGGUCGACAACUCGGGGUGUUCGGUGCAGGACGCGCGGAACUGCGAAAUGCCACGCCUGGUCCCGGACCAGCGACGCAGGCAGGCAGUGCGCGCGGUGGAGCCAAGCGUCCGGCGGAUUCCGACAACGACGAAGAUGCGCCCACGAUCAAGCGCUCGAGAUCGGUCGUGAAUGAACAUGAUCUCCUGCAUGGAGCUGCAGAGGACGCGCAUGGAAAGUUAUCUGUGCGUAAGUUUGUCGCGCGUCAUGCGGAAUCCAUCUGGGAUAAGGCGUGCGACCUCACGGCUCCGAAUAUCACACAGGAAGGCGUCAUUUAUGAAAUGGGAGAUAUUGUACUCAUCAAAAACCAUUGCCACAUAUGCUCGCACGGUUCAACACGCAGGGGAGGCGCGACCCGACUCCUCCUCCCCGACAUGUGCAUGGGCAUACUGUGCAACUCGAGCACGAUCAACCCGUAUCCCAACAACCCGGUCAAAUUCGACAAGAUCAUUCAUCCUUCAAAACCCGAGGGCGGUCCGGAAUUUAUCGCCAUCGCGUGGCUCUUACCUGUAGCCGAUUUAGCAGAGAAUGCUGUGAGGUUCUUGCACCCCAAGCAGGAUGUUCAUACAACGCGUGAACGUCAUUUCUUCGACGAUGAACUGUUGAGCUUCCUAAACAUGGGAAUAGUGUCUGCGACGAUUGGAACACAUCUAUUGUCCAAGAAAGUCGACUGGAUUCCCCUGGACCGGCUCUGCGGACACCUCAACCCGCACGAUAUCCGUUUGUCCAACUCAGUGUUGAGACGGAAGUUCACCAUAGACUGGCGAAGCCCUGUCAUAACUUGCGAAGAGGAAUGCCGCGAAGAACCCGAAGGUCGUAGGCUCUUGCAUACAUGGAGUAAGUUAGAGAGCUCUGGUCUGAAACAGGGUGACCUUCCGGAUGGUUCGGUUGAUGAGUAG